UUAUGGUAAAAUGCACUCGCUUGCUUCCUUCACCUUUGUCGUCAGGACUGAAACCUAGCUUCUUGCCUACAGGAGGAAGCAUCCGGUUACUGAAGUCAUCCAGGCGCCAUCAGCAUCCUCUAUACAGCAGUUUUGAUUGGCUUAAAGAGACAGCACCCGCCCAUCAUGGCUCCUCCCUUAUAAUCCUGUCUGUUCAACAUUUAGGGACAGAUAUCUCAAGCAAAUGGUAAUGAGCCUUCGAGUAUCGGAGCUCCAAGUACUACUGGGAUACGCAGGACGCAACAAGCACGGCCGCAAACACGAACUUCUGACGAAGGCACUGCACUUGCUGAAGGCCGGCUGCAGCCCCGCUGUUCAGAUGAAAAUCAAAGAACUGUACCGCCGCCGCUUCCCCACCAAGAUGGUGUCCCCGGCGGAGCUGGCACUGCCCAGCAUGCACUCCACCACCGGCGCCCUGCCCGCCGGACUCACCCAGCUGGGCUACGACGGCCACGGAGCCCCCUCACCCCUGUUGCCCGUCUCCCUGCUGGGGCCCAAACACGAACUGGGCCUGCCCCACCUGCCCUCCGCCCUACACCCCGUGCACCCCGACGUCAAACUGCAGAGGCUGCCCUUCUACGACAUGCUGGACGAGCUGAUCAAGCCCACCAGCCUGGCCUCAGACAACAGCCAACGGUUUCAGGAAACGUGUUUCGCUUUUGCUUUAACGCCUCAGCAAGUCCAGCAGAUCAGCAGCUCAAUGGACAUCUCUGGGACCAAAUGUGACUUUACAGUUCAAGUCCAGCUAAGGUUUUGCCUGUCAGAAACGAGCUGCCCUCAGGAAGACCAUUUCCCUCCCAACCUGUGCGUGAAAGUGAAUGGGAAGCCCUGCAACCUCCCAGGAUAUCUUCCACCAACCAAAAAUGGUGUUGAACCAAAGCGACCGAGCCGACCCAUCAACAUUACCUCAUUGGUCAGACUAUCUACCACAGUCCCCAACACCAUUGUGGUGUCGUGGACAUCUGAAAUUGGAAGGAGCUACUCCAUGGCCGUGUACCUGGUGAAACAGCAGACCUCCACAGUGCUGUUGCAGAGACUACGGUCGAAAGGCAUCCGCAACCCUGACCACUCUAGAGCCCUAAUCAAAGAGAAGCUGACGGCCGACCCCGACAGCGAAAUCGCCACCACCAGCCUGCGUGUCUCCCUGCUCUGCCCGCUGGGGAAGAUGAGGCUUAUGAUCCCAUGUCGAGCCCUGACCUGCUCGCACCUGCAGUGCUUCGACGCCACGCUCUACAUCCAGAUGAACGAGAAGAAGCCCACCUGGGUGUGUCCCGUCUGCGACAAGAAAGCCCCCUACGAGCACCUCAUCAUCGACGGGCUGUUCAUGGAGAUACUCAACAGCUGCGUGGACUGCGACGAGAUCCAGUUCAAGGAGGAUGGGAACUGGGCCCCCAUGAGGUCGAAGAAGGAAGUGCAGGAGGUCUCUGCAACAUAUAAUGGCCUGGAAGCAGGGACGUGUCGGGCAGCGGUGCCGGAGCAGAGAAGCAGUUCGUCCCACGGCAACAGCAACAUUAAGAAGGUGGAGGUAAUCGACCUGACACUGGAUAGCUCCUCGGAGGAUGAGGACGACGACCGACCGCCCCCGAAGAGGACCUGUCCCUCUCUGUCCCCCGUAUCACCUCCCAUCAAUAAAGGGGUGUUGAACCUCCACGCCCAAGCAUCGCCGGUGGCCCGAGCUCCCAGCAUGCCCCCCAUUGACACCAGCUACAUCCCCCCACCACCGCCCCUCAUCCAGGACUACCGGCACUACUACCACACGCCCAGCGACCUAUCAGAUCUGAAUUUCUUCUCAUUUUUACAAGGUGACAAUCAUCAGCAUUACAGCAUGGUGAUGGCUGCGACAGCGGCCGCCUCGGCCUCAGAUGACCACGACCUCCUGCUGAACCGAUUCCUGCCCUACAGCUCCUCGCAGCUGUUCCUGGAUCAGCCAGGGACGCCGGUGAGCAGCAGUGCCCUCGUGCCCAUCAACGGAGGCAGCAGCAAUGGAAGCAGCAGCAGCCUGGUCUCCUCCAGCAGCCUCCGGGACAGCCACGCCCACCCAGGGGUCUCCCGGGCAACCACCGAGGCCACCUCCCUUUACGGCUCCAUCCCUGACGUCAUCUCACUAGACUGACUCCAGACCACAUCAAAAUAGACACAUCAAAAUAUAAACUCAAAAAG